GCUCUCUGCGCGGUCGGGGUUACAUGCUGCUCUCCACGCAGUCCGUGCUGCAGCAGCGAUAAAUGUGGUCCUUGAACGACUCAUAGCCAGGGCACAUUCGUAUGGCCCUUAGGAUAAAGGGGUUUUGGCGUGACCUCAACACGUAAAUUCCAACGUGCUGCCUUUAUGAUUGCGCAAUCCUAACAGUCUGUGGUUAAACGUCACAGCAGUAAAGAGGCGGAGGGGAGGAGGAUGAUAAUGCAGCGCAUCUUGACUCAUGGCACACUGCGGCGGGUGGCAGCAGCACGUCAGUUACUGGUGGGUGUCUCGAUCUCUGAGCCACCGGUAGCAUUUUGUUGCUGUACCCUCCGCCUGUCACCGCCAGCACCCACAGGCCGGCUCUGGCUUUCAACCUCAGCGUCCAGCAAGGCAGCACAUCAGCCAAAACACCAGCCGCCACAAGAUGAGCCACAGUCCAGCUCCACACCUCAAACACAGGAGGUCAAGAAAGGGGAAGCUAGGCCUGAUAUUGGAGAGGUGGACCCCCUGCAGGACAAGUCCAUCGGUCUGGUCCAGAGGUUUAAGAGGACGUUCAAACAGUAUGGGAAGGUUUUGAUCCCUGUACAUCUCGUGACGUCCUCUUUGUGGUUUGGAACCUUCUAUUAUGCUGCUAUGAAAGGUGUGAAUGUAGUGCCCUUCCUGGAGAUGAUUGGUCUACCAGAGUCACUAGUUGGCCUGUUGAGAGAUUCCUCGAGUGGCUACGCUCUGACUGCAUACGCCAUGUACAAGAUUGCAACCCCUGCUAGAUAUACGGUGACUCUGGGUGGCACGUCACUAUCUGUUCAGUACCUCCGCAAGCACGGCUACUUAUCCACACCACCGCCGGUUACAGAAUACAUCCAGGACAAAAUGGAGGAGACAAAGGAGAAACUGACAGAAAAGAUGGAGGAGACGAAAGAGAGAUUUUCAGAGAAAAUGGAGGAAACAAAAGAACGUAUCUCUGGGAAAAUGGAGGAGACUAAGGACAAGCUUUCUGAGAAACUGCAGGAAACCAAAGAAAGAGUCUCAGAGGGAAAAGCAUUUUUUAGAAAGAAAAAUGAAUAACCAAUCCUGUUUACAGAUGCUGUCUCUGAAUCUAUGAUCCUAUUUUGAUCUCAACAAGUAAUCAGUGAGUUUGGGGCAAGUAAUAGACGGCACUUAUGAGACUUUUCAAACAGAAGAGAGAGACUUUGUACUAUCCUUGUCCUAAAAUUUCACCUCGCACAUCUCAGUUAUCAGCUGUUGUCUAUUUAAGUGUCAAAUUCUGUCUCUAAUUGUCCAAACUCUGCCACGAUGCACUGUAAGUGUAGACUAGACAGCAGCUUAGCAGACUCCUGGCAAUGCUACAUUCUGGCUCAGUCAUCUCAGACUGGAUUUACAAAGGCUCAAAUAAUCUUGACUGUAAAAAAAAGAAGAAACUGUCUUCUUAUUUCUCUUCAUAUUAAUACACAAAAAUAAGUAAGGUUUUGAAAGGGUUAAAAACAAUCUGUCAGAUGGACACACAGCAUCUAUUACAGACUGUAUGGGAGAGAGCAGAGCUGAUCCCUCUGGUCUUUAAAAUAAAACUUGAAGCUCAUGGUUACCUGUGUGUACUAGUCCAUUAAAGCCUUUCUGGAUCGCUGGGUAUCACCUUGUGUCUUUUCUAAUGUAAGGAGAAAGAAAUUAAGUUUUCUAAUGUAUUUUUGUCCCAUAGCCUGAGUUAAUAUAUUACAUUCCUUUGGUCACUGUACCACUUCAUGUGUUGACUGAAAGUUGUGUGUGAAAACAAGUCAAAUCAUUGUUUGAAAGCUGCUCUUGGAGCACAAAAAGCCACAGUACGUGUCAGGUAACGGGAUGAGAUUAGUCAUACGUGUAAAUGUGUACAGCAGCAGUAAGCACACUGUGGAAUACAUGGGACUUAAGUGUUGACAGUGUGCCAGAUGAAAUGUCUUGGGUGUUUGUGUAUUACAUACACAAGUGUUCUGUCAGUAAUUCAAACAGAUGUCUGAUUAAAAUUGCAACUGAAUAACGUGAAA